GAAACGAGCGGAAUGGACCGCUGUAUGUAUAGAGGUGGCGAGAGCAAGGCAUCGAGGUGCUGGCGCUCGCUGCGGGGAUGGCGGAGAUGUAUGAGCGAGAUAUGGGCUAGAGGACAGGUAUUGGGGGGGAAGGAAGAUUUCACGCCGUGUUGCAUACUCUCUGGUACUCCCUUUCGCCUGUGCUCGAUGGCGCAAAAGGAAUGAGGAGUGGAUUAGGGCAGCGUGAAGCACUCGCAGGAAUGAAUACUCUAGACUCCUUGCAUACCAAGCAAAAUGCUCUCCUUAACUAAGACACCCGUCCAUAUAAGCUCCCCUUCCUUCCUUCCUUCCUGCCUCCAUCCUACCCCAAAACCACUCUCCCUCACGCUCCUCAACCAUCCACGCCAAACCCCCCCCCCCCCCCCUUCCAAAAGCCCCAAGUAUAGCACACACCACCACGUCACGUCCAAACACAGCAACUCUCUUGGCCGCUCAAAUCUGGGGGGAAAAAAAAAAUCAAAAAAUCAAAAAAUCGUUGAAAAGCCAGAGUGUCGGCCAGACCCACGGGCGAGAGACUCCAGCCAGACCGUGGCAAGAAGACCGUGGCUAGAUUGCGCCGUGGUAGGAAGACUCAGGGGCAAGAUCGUUUUUCGUGUUCUGCUUUGGUCUUUGUUGAUGUGUGCCUCUUUUCUGUGGGUGAGUUGUGCUGGGGCCGCUGUGGUUUAGAAGGCUGGGCGGUGGGGGGUUCUGAAAAGGGGUUGGAGAGGAG